UACAGUGUAAAGUUUACAUAGAGAUUGUUACUUGUAUGUUGAGAAUAUUGGGAAGGUUAAACUGAAAUAUGUGGAUGUUGAAGGCGUGAAAUAUGGCACUCACUGCGGGUCAGGCCUCGACCACUAGCCACCAGCAGACCAGGAAUGGCACCAAAGUCUUUAGAAUUGUGGUGCUUGGAGAGGGUGGGGUCGGCAAGUCUGCACUUACUCUGCAGUUUGUGAGUCAUAACUUCCUGGAGUAUCAUGAUCCAACUAUUGAGGAUGCAUACCAGCAGCAAGCAGUCAUUGAUGGAGAGCCUGCACUGCUGGACAUUCUUGAUACUGCUGGACAGAUUGAAUUUACGGCAAUGCGUGACCAGUACAUGCGGUGUGGGGAGGGUUUCCUAAUUUGUUACUCUCUGACGGAUCGACGUAGUUUUGAAGAGGUUGCAGGAUACAGGAAGCUUAUUGCAAAAGUUCGUGCAGCAGACUCCAUACCAAUUGUCUUGGUUGGCAAUAAGGUAGACCUGGAUGACCCAUUGCACAGAAAGGUUUCUACAGAGGAGGGUCAAAAUCUUGCACAUUCUAUGGGCUGCCCCUUUUUUGAGACAUCUGCAGCCUUACGACACUUUGUUGAUGAUGCUUUCCACAUGCUUGUGAGAGAAAUACGAAAGAAACAAAAGGAAGCAAUUGAAGGAGCCCCUGCCUGUAGGAGUAAACCUCUGUCACGCUGGAGAAGAUUUAAAAACAUUUUUUUGUGGAUUUUCCGUCGUCCACGAUACAAGUAAGGUAAAUGUAGAUACCAGUGAGGUAGAUUGGGAGUUGAUAGGGAUCUGAUUGAUGAUAAGUGGAUCUUCCAUUACUUUUUUGAAAGUUUGUGUGUAGUACAGUACAGUUGAAGAAAACACAUCACUACUUUUAAUGCAAAGCUGAAGAAGAAAAUAUUUUCUCAGAUGAGUUUAGUAUGAACACAUACCGUACUCGUGCUUUUGCUAUUAAUGUUAGAUGAAAUACAUUAUGGAAAGAUAUCUUGCUGAUCCACAUACUGUACUACUAUUAGUAGUUAUUUUAUGUUGACUUUUACAGUGUGCUUCAAUCACCUCACUGCAAGAUGAUAUUAAUAAGAAAACACACACACACACACACAGAUGUAAUAUGAGUGCAGAAAUAAUUACUAUAGUACAUAUACUUAUGUACUGUAUACAUACAAAAUGGAAAAAUAAAUAUGUCUUGUUUUAGAAUACACUACAAGGGAAAGUUUUCACCUUUGCAUGUAUUCUUUCAAGAUGAAAUGUUGCUUUAUUGUUAUACACUUCAGUGGUCUUACUGUAUACAUUUACAGUAUGAAAUAGAGUUAAUGCUGUUACUAAGAGAUAAAUAAAUUAUCCCUUUAAAAUUAGCAGUUAAUUGAGUGAUACUGUAUAAAAGAAUAAUAAUUUGGCACAUUUUGUGUCAUUAUGUACUAUCUAACAAGAUAUUGGUGCUGUAAUUUUACUAGAUGCUUUGUAUUUUACCAUUUAGUGUACUGUAGGAUGUAUUAAUGUGUGUUACUGUGAAAUAUGCAAAUGAGUAUUAUGAGUUCAUGUUCUGCCACAUACUUAAACUCUUUGCUUAAUGGUACAAUCACUUGUUUGCUUUAGUGCUAGCAAUAAGGAUCUCCAUAGUGUAGCAAACUCCUUGUCUGUUCCCAAAUAGCAGAUAAUGUAAAUUGCUCUGAGCCUUGACACAUGGAUUAUGUAAGCUUCCAUUUAUUUGGAGUAUUGCAUUGCCUUUUAUUUCCUUUUUUUUAAUUAGAAUGGCUAGUGGAAACUGACACGUCAGAUUGAAAUACAGUUCAGUAUUUGAAGUUGUUGACAUUCAUCCCAAGCUGCAAAAACUGUUUCUAACAUUAUAUUUACAGUAGUAAUAUUUUCCAGUCUUCUGAAAUAUUUAACAAGAUAUGUGCAUGUUAACUCUUUUUGCUAAUGUAGUCUAUGAAAUUGGCAGAAAGAUGAAAUUAAAGCUGGCUGUGAAAGUGGACUCAGUCUUAGUGCUAAAAAGAAUGUCUAUCCUGUGCAAUUUGUACAGUAUUGCCAUCUCUAUGGUUUAUUUGAUAUCCAUAGUAUUUUUUAUUAGCCCAGAAUAACUCUUAAUAACAUGACCAUCUCAUCUUGGGCAUAUGAUUGUUUUGUCACUUGAAUUCAUAAUCAACCAGACAGACUAGCUGUACAGGUGAAAUGAUUUCAGUAGUCAGAGCAAAUGAUUUUGAUGGUUAUUAAUAUUCAAUUAUAUUUUAUGAGAUUGAUUGUUUUUAUUGCAUACUACAGUACUGUAUUUUCAUUUGAAUACUGUAUAGAGAUUGUAAGAUGUCAGGACACUUUGAGCUAAAUGUUUUGGUAAUGAGUAUUGAAUUUAUAGAAUUUUGGUCACUAACAUUAAUGCAUUUUAAUGAAAAUUCAUUUGAGAAAAUUUUUACAGCUAAAUUAUAUCUAAUACUGUACUUGAAGUAAGUAUAAAUAUGCUGUUUUGAAAUAGUUUAAUAGCUUGAAUUUUUAUUCUUAAAUAAAAUAUAAUCAUCACAUUCAAUUGUCAGGUAAAGGUUCAUUGAAAUCUUUUUACAUUGUCUAUGAGAUUUGAUAAUAUUACAAAAUACCUGUACAUGAAGAUACAGGUUAAGACUAAAGGAAUGAAUAGAGUAAAUACAUUGCACUAUUCUCAUA